GAUACGAAAAGUAGGGGAAGCGAUAUGUUGCGCAUAACCGGGGAAAUAUAAUGAACAAUUAACUAUUUUGCUCCGACACCGAUUUUUCAUUAAUGCAGCAGAACACAUUUCAAGCGAAUUUAGAAAACCUUUUUAUACAUUUAAUUAUUUUCCACCUUUAAAUAUUUUGCUGUACAGACUUUAUCCUAUUAACUAGCAGAUGGCUUCUUCUCCAAAAAGAAAGGAUGCAAAUAAAUCGACAGAUUCCGAAAUUACAUUAAGAUCUACAUUUUCAAAAAUUUUUACUCCAGAAGCAACGUGGCCGGAUAAGGAUGAAUUUCUCGACGUUAUUUACUGGAUGCGGCAAAUUUUGGGCAUCUUUCUUGGACUUAUAUGGGGAGUUAUUCCCUUGAAAGGCAUCUUUGGAAUUUUAAUUUUUUUCCUCAUCAAUGUUGGCUUUAUAUACAUGUACUACAGCACUUUCCAGCGUGUUGAAGAUGAAGAAUAUGGUGGAUCAGCAGAGAUUUUAAAAGAAGGAUUGAUGACUUCGUUUUCCUCAUUUCUAGUUGUUUGGAUUGUUUUGUACUCAUCUUUAUACUCAGAUUUAUAGCAGGCACAUAUGUAUAUAUAUAUGUAUACACAUUAUAUAUGUAUGUGUGUGUCUGUGUGCGUGUCAACACUGUACGGUUCUUUCCUUGUUUGAAAAACUGCCUUCUAACAGAAUAAAACUUUUUUCGAUAUAUGGUUGGCACUAGAAUAUUCGAAGCUGAUUCUCAUCUUACCCAACAAGGUAUAAUUCCAACAUAACUACUUCACCAUGGUUGUUAAACUAAACUCAUACACACGUCUUAUCAACAUUUGUUCUGUUUCGUUGCCAUUUAAUCCAACACAGCUCUUUUGGUUGUUUUCUCAGACUUUGAGUAACACAACUUCAAAGUAGUUUAUUAUUGCGUCACAAUGUUGGCAGACUUCUGAAGUGAGAAGGAGUGGGGGUGCCGAGGGGAGAGAGAGAGAGAGAAAAAAAUAAACUGGAAAACAGAAGAAAUAAUAGUUUGCUGCCAUAAUAAUCAAAAGAUGGUUUCAUCAUCCUCAAUAAAAUAUUAACAAACUGGAAAUUG